GGGUUGUUCGGGGAACGAUCCCAUUGGCGGAGGGGUGGUCCGCCCACGCACGCCUCUAACCCAGGCGACGUCGCCCGCAGGAAUCUGGGUCAGCCAGCGCCCAGGCGGCGCAACUCGACGCGCCUUGACGUCGACCAACCUUGGCUGUCGUUGCGAGAGAACCGGGUGCCCGCCACAGUCCCUCUAAAACCACCCUGAAGCCCGUCGCUCGACAGGACGACCCGCAAACGUAGGAAGGUCCCCGUUCUGCUGACGCCAACGCGGGAGGAAUUAAUCACGGAAAUUAGGGACCCCGAGGCGAGUGCCACUACGGAGACAUGGACAAUGUGCAAAUGAUCGGGACUAAAAUCACCGCGAUUAAGGAAUAUUUAUAUAAUUUUGCAAGGACACACUCUCCCACCCGUCUAAUGAGUUCCGAAAAUACCUACGCGCUCUCCAAAGAGCACUGUAAUUUGAAAUACUCAGACAUUUUGCCUCAAAAUGUCGAGGGGUUCCCAGCGACUAAGGAAUUCCUGAUGAAGGUCGUCGACAUCCUCCUCGAUUUCGUUAAAUCGACGAACGAUCGGAAUGCGAAAGUUCUUGAAUUUCAUCACCCCGCGGACAUGCGGCGUCUUCUCGAUCUCGAAAUUCCGGACAGCGGAGUUACGUUACAGCAACUUCUUCUCGACUGUUCGACGACGCUGAAGUACCAAGUGAAGACAGGACAUCCGCACUUCUUCAAUCAGCUAUCGUGCGGACUCGAUCUGGUGUCGAUGGCCGGUGAGUGGCUAACGGCGACGGCGAACACUAACAUGUUCACGUACGAAAUAGCCCCGGUAUUCAUACUGAUGGAGCACAUAGUUCUGCAAAAGAUGCGGGAACUCAUAGGAUGGAAUUGCGGCGAUUCGAUCCUGGCACCCGGCGGUUCCAUCAGCAAUCUCUACGCGUUUUUGGCCGCGAGGCACAAGAUGUUCCCCAUGUACAAGGAACGGGGACUCGCCGCGGUCGGCGGACAGCUGGUCAUGUUCACCUCGGAUCAGUGUCACUACUCCGUGAAAUCGUGCGCUUCCGUUUGCGGAUUGGGGACGGACAACUGCGUCAUGGUACCGAGCGACGCUCGCGGUCGAAUGAUCCCCGCCAAAUUGGAAGAACUCAUCCUGGAACGGAAGGCGAGAGGCCACAUCCCUUUCUUCGUCAAUGCCACCGCGGGGACCACCGUUAUCGGGGCGUUCGACCCGAUCCAAGAAAUAGCGGACAUCUGUCAGAAGUACAAGCUUUGGCUCCAUAUCGACGCGGCUUGGGGCGGUGGACUACUUUUAUCCAGGAGAUACAGACACCCCAGAAUGACGGGAAUCGAGAGAGCCGAUUCUGUAACGUGGAAUCCGCAUAAGCUAAUGGGAGCAUUGUUGCAAUGUUCGACAAUCCACUUCAAAGAAGACGGUCUCCUGAUCAGCUGCAAUCAAAUGUCUGCCGAGUAUCUUUUCAUGACCGACAAAUUGUACGACGUCCAAUACGACACCGGGGACAAGGUGAUCCAGUGCGGUCGUCACAACGAUAUUUUCAAGUUGUGGUUGCAGUGGCGCGCUAAGGGAACCGACGGCUUCGAAAAGCACAUGGAUCGGCUCAUGGAACUCACCGAGUACAUGGUCAGACGGAUCAAGCAAAUGUCCGACAAAUAUUAUUUGAUUUUGGAACCGGAACUCGUCAACGUAUGCUUCUGGUAUCUUCCGACUCGCGUUCGCAACAUGCCGCACAACGCGGAAAGGGAAAAGAUCCUUGGCGAGAUUUGCCCGAUCCUCAAGGGCAGAAUGAUGCAAUCCGGCACUCUGAUGGUCGGUUACCAGCCGGACGAUCGACGGCCAAACUUCUUCCGGAAUAUCAUUUCCAGCGCAGCGGUUACGGAAGCCGACGUGGACUUUUUGCUCACCGAAAUGGACCGGCUGGGUCACGACCUUUAAGUCAAUAAAUUAACGGGACAUACGACAGAGGUACGACGUUUCAACGAAAUAACAAACUAAGACUAAACGAAAAAGGUUGGUAAAAAAAAAAAAAACGCGCUAUCUUCUGUUAGGACACUCUGCCAAAAUUGUACAAAGCCCUAUAACCAAUUCACAACCAUGAAUAUUACGUAAGACAUAUGAAAGAACGAUUGAGUUCGCUCAUUUUCUCGGAUUCAUAAGUGACUGAAAUUUCAUUUCGGAUUCAUCGCGGCUGAAACUGAACCUUCGAUCGAAUUUUUAUGAUUCAAUUUUCAACGGUGACCCGCUUUUUUUUUUUUUUGUUUUUUGUCCGGUAACUCACAGACUGUAUGGGUAUAAUAAUUGUUCGAAUUUAUGAAUCCUAGAUUAUCAGCCUUGGCGUUACUGUUGGUUAGGCUCAGAUAUCUAUUUGAAUGUAAGUGUUAUAAUCUGUAGAUGUAUUCAGGUCAAUCAAACGGGUAAUUACCUAAUCGGAUUCGUUCGCGUACGGGAAAUAAAGGAAAAACUGCUCCGGUUUUGUCACACUUCAUAGGGGGAGGAAAAAAACGUUGUUCAAUUGAAAGAUUGUAAUAUCUUUUAUUUAUCCUGUAUCAAUAACUAGAAGAAUAUUCAAAGUCCUUCUGAAUAAUAAUAAAAGAAAUACAAACGAUAUUAUAUAAGAAAUUAUAUAAACGGUGUGUGAUAAAGUUAAUAUUAUAUACGUGUAUUGAAUUUUUCUAAAUUAAGAGAACGAAGUCGUCAAUCGUUGAUUGGCACGUGAAAUGAGAAUGAAUUUAGACUAAGUAAAAUACGUACCAUAUCGGCCGUCAUAAUUAAAUUCCGGGAGGGUGGGGGGACGAAACCAUUCUUCAAUUUUCACUUGAAAAGUAGAAUUUGAAUCUCAAUUGCCGCUGGAAAUGGUGAAAUGUUUUCGACGGAGUUAACACGAAUCAAAAAUCCCGUCAACAUUUCAUUACGGAAUGAGUUUCUUACCGAAAUCGUAGAAGUUUAUCGAAGCUAUAUAUAUUUCCUGUUCCAUUACGUUAGAGCUUAGAUUGUUUAAUUUUGUUGGAUAUUGGAGAAAAUUUAUAAAUUAUUUUGCGAGUGUAUUGAUCAUACCAAACUACUAUAGAUGACUAUCCAUAUAUUCGUUGCUAUUUUAACGCACCGAGAUGAAAAGUAUAUUAAGAGAGAGAUGAAUAGUAAAAAGAAGUGAAAAAAGAGAAAAAAAUAUAUAUCUAGCGUUGAGAAUUAAAUUAAAAUACAAAGACAAACCCAUGAAAGUACAGGUUUUUAUUUCAAGUUGGUAUAUACCAUGUAAUGUAUUAGCAUAAAACUUCAUCUUCAUAGGUCUAUAGAAAACAAUCUUUAGCACCAGUUGGGCCAAAUGUUUUCCUUCAAUUUUUUCCUAUUUCUUUUCUAUUCGGAUUUCCUCAGUUUCUAGGUUAUUCGGUGAUAUACAAUAUUCGUUCAAUUUUAUCAGCGAUCUUUUUGAAUUUUUAGUAAAUUUUAUAAUUUAGGUUUCACGUUAGACAAACAUUAUCAAUAAUAACAUUGCGUAACUUAAUGAAUAAAGUCUAGCUAAAAAGAAAAAGUAAAAAGAAACGGAAAAAUGUCGAUAAACAAAUGAAAUUAUAUAUAAAUAUAUCUUAUAAUGCCAGUAUAAAAUAAAUAUGAGUAUACAUAUAGAAAAAUGUAUAAUAAAUGUAUUUAUGUAAUUGUAAAAUUUUCUUUCGUUUCUUUUUGUUCGUAAUAUUUUUUCGUUGACAAUUUAUAUAGUCGUUGAAAUUCCAUUUUCAUUGAAGAGAAUAUGUGUAGAGAGGCAAUAAGGUUGCAAAGGGAAUGAGAUGAAUCCCGAGUCGAAAUUGAAUAGUCGAAUAUGCAAUUAAUAUACCUAUGUACUUGCAUUACGUAACAAUUUGUUAAUAGUAUAUAGGUAACGUGAAGUAUCAGUCCAGUAAUGCUGCAAGGCAAGUUAAAAAUAGAAAGUAGGAAUAAUAUCCCAUGACGGACUUGAUUUUCGUUGAAUAAGUAUCGUAUUAUGUAUACCCUGAUUCGCGUCGAAAGUGAUUAUAGGUAAUUGAAAGAAUUGAAAACCUCAAUCAAAAUCGAAUAAGUUUACGAAUUGAAAGUUUCAAGGAAUCGUCCCUGGUACCAAUUUCUUCUUCAUUCUAGACCGCGCGUAUAAUUUAAGCACCAACCAUCUAACGCACAAAACAUUUUAUUCCACCUUGUAAAAAGCACUGAAUUUUUCAUUCAAUUUGCUUCAUCCCCCUCACUAUCUUCGUAGGCUCAAAAUUUCCGCAUAUUUCUUUCAGCACUUUUACUCACUGUAAAUAUAUCACGAACAGAUCUUUAGAUAUCCUGCCUCGCACUUUCUGUACAGUAGCGAUUGAUUUUCACUCUUUCAUAUUCACAUCCAGUUCCUCCCAGCUGCACGUCAUCUCCAUUCGAAUGCACAUCUCUGUCACGCACUAUGAAAAAAAAAAAAUUGAAAAAAAAAAAAAAUGCACUCGCACGCAAUCAUGUAUAGGAGUAGAAAUUGCACCAGUUGUAUUCGAUAAUUUUUGUGUGGGAAUCGAAGAAGAAAUUGAUGCUAGAUGCGAAUCAUAAUAUAUUAUGGGUGAACUAUUUGAUAGUUUGUUAAAUUCAUAUGCUGUGCAAUAUUCGUUAAUAUUAUACGGUGUUAAUUCUAUAUGACGCUUUAUCGUUACAGAUGUUAUAAUAUAUUUUGCCGUCACGAAUCUGAAUGGAAAAUUAUUUAUGCGUGAUAAUUGUUCACGCGUACGUUACGAUUAUAAUUUGUAACGUUGCGUAUCGUUAGCGCCUACUGUAUGUACACCAUUGUACAGUGGGCAUUUAAAUUUUAAGAGGUGAAUAUGGAGGAAAGGAAAAAAAUUAUCAAAAUGAAAACAACAAAGUCUCAUGUCUUCCAAUAAUGAGUAAUAUUAUAAUAAUUGUGUAGCGAUGAUAACAAUUAUAAUUAAAUAGCUAAGCAACGAUCGGAUUCCAUUAUUUCGAUCAUUAUCACCUUUGAUUUGAAACGAAUUUCAUAAGGUCAGAGAUUGGCGACAGUGACUUGCUUUCGUUGUAUUUUAUCGUUUGUAUCAUAUAGUUAACAAUACCAAUGCUGUAUAUCUGUAUGUCUAAUAAACAAAUGUUAAUCCAAAAAA